UUUUCCGAUGUCACGUGGUCUGUUUUGUCCAAUAGCAAUGGAAACCAUUCUUUGUGUACCUUUUCACAUAUUAGUAAAGUAAAACAUUGUGGUCUAUGGAGUGAGUAGUGUAAUUUUGUCAAAUUCAUGACAUUAAUAACGUAAAUGUGUGAAAUUCAGGAUUACUCUAUAGUGCAUAAGGAUAUUUAUGUCAGUAAAUAUUCGGGGUGCUCCGAAAUGGACUUAUACAUCACCGAUUCCCUCCAGGACAUGCUGGACAUGGAUAUAAAGAAUGAAAUAGCUACGGAUUUGAGUAGCGUAACUGAUUUUUCUGAUUCGUUAGGAUUAAAUUUCUCAGAAAUGCCACCCUUACUAGACAUGGACACAGAUAACUCGGUCACGUGGCUCAGCAAUACUUCGUCCAGUUUUGUACAGAAUCUAGAUUUAUAUGGCUCCGAAGCGGAUGCCGUGAUGGUCAAUCCAAACUCAGUGAUGCCAUCGACCUUUGCAGAAACCCCCGUAAAGAGUAUGGUGAAGGAGGAAGCGUCGAACUUACUAUUAACGUCAGUUGUGAACAACGAUCUAAAUAUGAGCACGUCACCAAGUCCAAACGAAGAGAAAAGCCACCUAACAUUCUCCCCAAACACAAUUAAAGUAAAGCAAGAGCCCGAAGACACAUCAAAGAAGCCGGACGAAACACCGCAGAUGGUUAUCUACGUACGAAAACAAGACAAGAACGUCGUCAAGGACUUAUUAAAAGACUUAGAUACGAGCAAUGUCAAACUGAGCACGUCAAUAUCGCCACUCACACGAAUAAAAACAAAUCAACCAGAGAUAAUCAAAGUCAACAAGAACUGCCCGAUAAUCAAUACUAGCACGAAAAUAUCCCAACAGAUCGGUACCAAGACGAUAAUAUCGGGGAACAUACAUAUAUUGGACACGAAGCAAUCUAGGACAAUUAUAGCGAAUAAGAGCCAGGCGGCGAUUUUAAUUGAAAAUUCAUUGAGCAAUAGGCAAAUAAUUAAAACUUCGGUGGGAGGCUCCUAUAUGGAUAGUCAAGCGAAAUAUGUAAAUACUAGUAAAAAUACCACGAGCGAGUUUCCUAAGCCCGCGUAUUCCUACUCUUGCUUAAUAGCCAUGGCGCUGAAGAACUCGAGGACUGGCAGCUUACCGGUUUCCGAGAUUUAUAAUUUUAUGUGCCAACACUUCCCCUACUUCAAAACGGCGCCAAACGGUUGGAAGAAUUCGGUCAGACAUAACUUAAGUUUGAAUAAAUGUUUCGAGAAAAUCGAAAAGCCUUCGAGUAACGGAAGCCAACGUAAAGGUUGUUUAUGGGCCAUGAAUCCAUCGAAAGUUGGCAAAAUGGACGAAGAAGUACAGAAAUGGUCUCGGAAGGAUCCACAAGCUAUUAAGAAGGCUAUGGUUUAUCCCGAAAGCUUAGAAGCCCUAGAACGCGGAGAGAUGAAGUACUCGGGCUUCGGGAGUGACACGGAGGCGGAGGACGACGCCGACGUGGAUGUGGACCCGCUCCUUGACCCUGACCUCGAGAUUGACCCUGAGGUCAAAGAGGAGGUUGAUGACGAUACACUUGUCGAACAGGAGGUAUCAGAAGAAGAGUUGGAAGUAGAAGAAGUGGUAGAGGGCACGGGGAUGAUCGGAGGCACUUGCAGACUUCUCGCCGCCGCCCCGCACUACUCCGACGACUACGAUCAGAUAGAGAUAUUAGAUCGGUCAUAUGAAGAAAUCGAGUUGGACGUGACGAAGCCCGUGAAAUUAGAUUUGUCUUUUGAGGAGGAUUAUUCGAUCCAACCAGCGAAAAAGGCAAAAAGCAGCUUCAUCUACAAGCCAAUGGGCUCUCAAUCCCACACGAACAGACGAAAAACUCCACUCGUCAACAGAGUGGCUUUAGUUUAAUUGAAUUGUGAUCAAGAAGUCUCCAUAGUUUUAAGUUUCGUAUUUUUUUCUUUAAGUCAAGUGAUUUUGUUUAAGUGAAAGUGACAUAUCGCGCAUAGGUAAGAAUAAAGAUGGAUAUUUUACUGUAUUCACUAAUUAACUAUUACCGACUACCCUAUUUAGACGUGUGAACCGUACUUUUAACUGCAAAUGUAGAAAUUGUGAUGCAAAAAAAUUUAAAUCUCACACUAAACUCAAGAUUAUUUUAAUGGCAAGCCUAAAAUAAUUAUAGACGUAUGUAUUAACGUACAUUCCGACUAAACAGUAAUAGAGCGGAUACAUUUCAAUGUCUAUCUCAUUGAAGAUCAGAUCAGGUUCAGCGACUUUUAACAACCAAUUGAAUUUCUUAACUGGAAAUCAAACUCAGGUCUUUUGGAAUACAUUGUUGCCAUUAAAUCACAUCCAAUGGGGUAUAUUUUUGCAGUUGAAUAUCAAUCUUUAUUAAGACUGAUUUAGUUUUGAAGUAUUGGCGAUUGUAGUUGAUAAGUAGAACACUGAUGAGUACAAAAAUAUGAAUUUUUGAAUUUUGCUACUCCGUUCGUUUUUUUACGAUAGUAGUUUUAGCUUAGUAUUGUCAAGUAUCGUAGAAAGAUCUACAGCGGGUAUUUUACUAAAGAUCCCACCGCUUGUACAUAUUAUUCAUAAUUGCUUUUAUUCGUUGACACUGGCAGAUUUGCUAGCCAUUUCUGAAUCCAAUAUUUCCAAUUGAUGUCUAGUGUCCAAUGGCUGCUAAUUUCUUUAUAGUUCUGCUCUCGGAUGAAGGCAUAUUGUAUACCUCUUUAAAACAAACAAUU